UAGAUUUUCCUUAGUAAAGUUAAUUUGGGCCACAUACUAGAAAUAACACAGCCCCUAUUCGGGAACACACAGUCUCACCGACCUGUGUUUCUGGAAGGCUCUAGGACUUGCGCCACUCACUAUAUCCACUAAUCUUUUCCCCUCCUGCACUUAACCAAGCGAUCUCUCUCUCUAACACACACACACACACUGUCUCUCUCUCAUUUCAACCAUGAAACGUAGUUUAACCGAAGACGUUGCCGCCGUCAACGUCACAAGCUCCGCCGCGAAACCCGUCUUCCUAACCAGAGCGGAGCGCGAAGCCUUAGCCCUAAAACGCCGUCAAAAAGAAGCCGAUGAAAUCAACAAAAGCCGUCAAGGCCUCCUCUCCUCCGCUUCCAACAACCACAGCCACAGCCACAACAACCACCACAACAGCAACGAUUUCAAUAAACCCUCCGAUUCCGAUCGCCACCGCGAUCGCGAUCGCGAUCGCGACCGUGACCGCGACCGCGACCGCGACCGCGAUCGUGAUCGUGACCGUGACCGUGACAGGCGCGACCGUGACCGUGACAGAGACCGGGAACGAGACCGAGAUCGGCGCGAUAGAGACCGUGAGCGCGAAGAGGAUGCUAAGUCUCGCGAGCGUGCGCGGUUGGAGAAAUUGGCGGAGCGAGAGCGUGAGAAAGAGCUCGAAUCCAUUAAAGAGCAGUACUUAGGGUCGAAGAAGCCUAAGAAGCGAGUUAUCAAACCUAGCGAGAAAUUCAGGUUCUCGUUCGAUUGGGAGAACACGGAGGACACUUCUCGUGACAUGAAUGCACUGUACCAAAACCCUCACGAGGCUCAGCUCUUGUUCGGACGAGGCUUCCGUGCCGGCGUCGAUCGCCGCGAGCAGAAGAAGCUCGCCGCCAAGAACGAGAAGGAGAUGCGCGAGGAGAUUCGCCGGAAGGAUGGGGUGGAGGAGAGGCCAGAGGAGGCUGCGGCUCAGAAACUCAAAGAGCAAGCUGCUGAAAAGUACGACCCGUACGACAUGAGAGUCGAUCGACACUGGAGUGAGAAGAAGCUCGAGGAAAUGGCGGAGAGAGAUUGGAGGAUUUUCAGAGAGGAUUUCAAUAUCUCCUAUAAGGGUUCGAAGAUUCCUCGCCCUAUGAGGGCUUGGGAAGAGAGCAAAUUGAGUCAAGAGCUGUUGAAGGCAGUCGAAACAGCCGGGUACAAGAAGCCUUCGCCUAUUCAAAUGGCGGCCAUUCCACUCGGUCUGCAACAGCGCGACGUGAUUGGGAUUGCUGAAACUGGUUCUGGUAAGACUGCUGCUUUUGUUCUUCCUAUGCUUACUUACAUUACUAGGCUACCUCCAAUGAGUGAAGAGAACGAGGCCGAGGGGCCUUAUGCCGUUGUAAUGGCACCCACUCGUGAGCUUGCUCAACAGAUUGAGGAAGAAACUAAUAAGUUCGCUAAGCAUUUGGGGAUCAAAGUGGUCUCAAUUGUUGGUGGGCAGUCCAUUGAGGAACAAGGGUUUAGGAUUAGGCAAGGGUGUGAGGUUGUCAUUGCUACGCCGGGGCGUUUGAUUGAUUGUUUGGAGAGGCGUUACGCGGUUCUCAAUCAGUGUAAUUAUGUUGUUCUUGAUGAGGCUGAUCGUAUGAUAGAUAUGGGAUUUGAGCCACAGGUUAUGGGUGUGUUGGAUGCAAUGCCUUCUAGCAAUUUGAAACCCGAAAAUGAAGAUGAAGAGCUCGAUGAGAAGAAGAUUUAUAGAACCACUUAUAUGUUUAGUGCCACCAUGCCGCCUGCGGUGGAGCGCCUUGCUAGAAAGUAUUUGAGGAAUCCUGUUGUGGUAACUAUAGGCACUGCUGGAAAGACCACCGACUUGAUAUCCCAACAUGUGAUGAUGGUUAAGGAAUCAGAGAAGUUUUCUAGGUUACAGAGAUUGCUUGACGAACUUGGUGAUAGGACUGCAAUCGUGUUUGUUAACACUAAGAAGAAUGCAGAUAAUGUUGCCAAGAACUUGGAUAAGGCAGGCUAUCGUGUUACAACCUUACAUGGUGGAAAGUCGCAGGAGCAGAGGGAAAUUAGUCUUGAGGGUUUUAGGACGAAGAGAUACAAUGUCCUUGUUGCCACUGAUGUUGCGGGGCGUGGUAUUGACAUACCCGAUGUCGCCCAUGUCAUUAAUUUUGAUAUGCCUGGGAGUAUUGACAUGUACACGCAUCGUAUUGGACGAACAGGACGUGCAGGCAAGACGGGUGUGGCCACUACAUUCUUGACUCUUUCAGACUCUGAUGUCUUUUAUGAUCUCAAGCAGAUGCUUAUCCAGAGUAACAGUAGUGUUCCUAAUGAACUUGCAAGACACGAGGCUUCCAAAUUCAAGCCAGGUUCAGUUCCUGAUAGACCACCAAGACGCAAUGACACUGUUUUUGCCCAUUGAGAAGUUUGAAAGACACUUUUAGGUGAAGUCUCCAUGUCAGUUGUGCCAUAUGACAGUUUUUAGUAGCUGAAACUUAGUGACUCAGGUAAGGAACUGCAAUAGAUCAUUUGAUGGGAAUAGGAUUUUUGGGACCUGAUUGUUAAGACCUUCUUCCUUGAAGGGGGAAUUGAUGUCAUUACAUUUUCCUGCUGUAAUAUAUUUGCUCUUCUGCUGAUUAUUUAUUGUAGGAAUAUUUUCACGAUGAUAUCAGUUGAGAAUGCUGUAUUUGAUCUCUGAUUUUAUUUCAACUGUAGAUUUGUUUA